AUGGCUAGACAGUCCAUGUUGAUGAGGACAAACUUGGCAGCAGCACCGGCGUGUGCUCUGUGCAGACAAUUGACUGUUAGUCGAGGUCCUACGAGGAUACACAGCGCCUCGUUGCACACCAGCCCACGAAGGGACUCAGCGUGGGGUGCUGCCGUGCAGGUCGCUUCCAACGUCGUGAGCAAUGUCGUCAAAAGGGCUUCUAAGGAUGCGAUGCAUAUUGAUCCUCUGCGAAGCGUCGCCAAGGAAAUGAAGUUCCUCACGGGCAACAUCCGGAAACUUCUUGGUUCUGGACAUCCGUCGCUCGAUCGUGCUGCCAAAUAUUAUACCCAGGCCGAGGGCAAGCAUGUCAGGCCCUUGAUCGUCCUUCUCAUGAGCAGAGCAACCUACCUCUGCCCCAAGACACCUGCUACGGCUCCUACAGUUACUCACCGUGGUGUCGACACUUCGUUAUCACCAGCUCAGAUCCUCGCCGACGUAAACCCUGCAGCUCACCCUCUCUCUUCCCCCGAACAAGAGAUCCCCGACGCCAACUCAGAUAUUCUUCCCAGCCAGCGACGACUAGCCGAAAUUGCAGAGCUAAUUCACACGGCCUCGCUUCUUCACGACGAUGUUAUCGAUCACUCUGUUUCUCGACGAGGGUCGCCUUCAGCCAACCUGGAAUUUGGCAACAAGAUGGCCGUUUUGGCAGGCGACUUUUUGCUCGGCAGGGCAUCCGUUGCGCUAGCUCGUCUCCGUAACCCCGAGGUUGUUGAGCUUCUGGCUACUGUUAUCGCCAACCUGGUAGAGGGCGAGUUCAUGCAGCUCAAGAACACAGAGCGCGAUGAGCGGAAUCCCAAGUGGUCUGAGGAGACAGUUACAUAUUACCUCCAAAAGACCUACCUCAAGACCGCUUCUCUCAUCUCCAAAUCAUGCAGAGCUGCGGCUCUUCUCGGCAACACCGAUGCCGUGACAGUCGACGCAGCAUACUCGUACGGACGAAACCUGGGACUGGCCUUCCAGCUGGUGGACGACCUUUUAGAUUAUACGCAGAGUGGAUCAGAUCUUGGAAAGCCUGCGGGGGCUGACUUGGAGUUGGGUCUUGCGACAGCACCGCUGCUUUUUGCCUGGAAGCAGAUGCCGGAGCUCGGAGCCCUCGUCGGCCGCAAGUUCGCCCAGGAGGGUGACGUACAAAGGGCACGUGAGUUGGUUCUCCAAAGCGACGGCAUCGAGCAGACACGAGCUCUCGCGCAAGACUACGUGGACAAGGCCAUUGCCUCAAUCGCGGACUUUCCCGAAAGUGAAGCCAAGGAUGGAUUGAUUGAGAUGGCACACAAGUCUCUCAAGCGACAGAAGUAA